AAGUGUGCCAUUGGAAGAUAUCUUUUCCUGGAGAUCACUCACUGGAGCUUAAGCCUGAACCAGCAGACGGGUGGCAGCAUCACCAUCUUAAGACAUGGUUUGGUUUCUUCCUCUUCACCUGAACUUGGACAAGAGUCCAUACCUGUUGAACUACUAAACCAGGCAGAGGGAAAAACCAUGAAUGAUGUACAAGCUCUGUUUGCUGAUUCACAACCUACCCCCUCUCCGGAAGAGUCCCUCAUUCGUGCUGUUACUAACCUAAUAGACAAGACAAACAAACCUGCUGCAGAGAGCGGAGGGUAUCGCCGCCUGCGUGUCUUCUCAGGUAUUUUACCUUCUCCGGCUGGAGAGGAACAAUUUGACCAUUGGCUAGAGCAAGCUUACAUGAUGGUUGAGGAAAGUGAUGGCUCUGACAAAGACAAAAGAAGAAGGAUAAUGGAGAGUUUAAAGGGACCAGCUCUGGAAGUGAUCAAAGCAAUACGCCUAUCAGAUCCUGAUAUUACACCAGUAAAGUGCUUAGAAGCCCUCGAAAGUGCUUUUGGACUAGCUGAGUCUGGUGAUGACUUGUGUUUCUCUUUUAGACUCUUACAGCAACAACCUGGGGAAAAGCUGUCAGACUUCCUCAGAAGGCUUGAGCGUACACUGACCAAAGUCAUACAACGAGGUGGCCUGCCAGCCAAAAAUAUGGACACAGCCAGAGUCAAUCAGCUGCUUAAAGGGGCAGUCAAUGCUGACUUAAUGUUGUUGCAACUCAGAUUAAGAGAAAGGCGAGCCAAACCCCCCACCUUUUUAGAGCUACUUAGAGAAAUCCGGACAGGAGUACGAAGCCUCCUGAGUAAAGCUCAACCAGUCAGUCCACACUGUCCAUACCAAAGUGCAAGCAGAGACUAGACAGUCAGAAAUACAACACCUGCGAGCAGAAAUAAAGGAAGUCAAAUCAAUGUUUGCAGCUCUCGCCACUCAACCUCCGCCUGAAAAGACAAUUACUGAAAGGAGUCCAGCUAAUGCUGAUACCGCAACCAGAUUGGAUCCUGAAGUAAUAGCACUGAAAAAACAAGUCCAGCACUUGCAGCAAAAAGUGAAUUCAAAGACCUCAAGACGUCAAACCUCAGCUCCACAAGUUGUAAUGGCGGUUAACACACCAGUCAAGUCCUCAACCGAGAGUGAAGAACGCUUUUGCUACCGUUGUGGUGAAAAUGGUCAUAUGGCAGGAAAAUGCAACAGACCUGAAAACCAAAGCAAAGUUAUUCAGAGACUGCUCCAACCACUAAAAAAAGCCAAGACCAGUAGCUCACUGCCAAAAGCUGAAGACACACCCCCUACUGAUCCUAACUGCACAGUGAGAAAAAGUGCGAUAGAUCUCCUGGAGCCUGGAGUACCUGAAGGCUUAAUAGGCCCAUCUUCAGUUGAGCCAUUAAAAGUAAAUGGGCACCUAUGUGAUGCACUGUUGGACAGUGGUUCCCGUGUCAGCAUCAUUUUUGAGUCCUGGUACAGACGAUAUCUGCCAAAUACGGCCGUCCACUCAGUGAACAAACUUGAUAUAUGGGGCCUAAGUGAUUCUAGCUACCCCUACCUUGGUUAUGUGGUUGUUGAUAUGGACUUCCCAAAGAAAGUGACUGGAGCCCCAACCACCAUGUCUGCCCUAGCCCUGAUUUGUCCCGAUCCACCAGGUCCUGAUCAGACACCUGUCAUCAUAGGGACUAAUGCCAAAGCCAGUCUUUCCAAACGCUUGGCCCAACUAUGCUGUGACACCCCUGGCAUUUCAGCUCAUGCUCUUGGUAUUCAAAACUCUUGCCCCAGUACAAAGACAAGCAUUAUCCCGUGUGUGGCUGUGAUUUGAUUUGACCACUGUGUGUUGAAGGGUGAAUUAAGUGUAAUACUGUGCUUAAAGGGCACAUGAGACUAAAGAGACAGUAAGUUAAAUAAAGUAGUUAACCUUCAUUAGUCUCUAAUACUAAAUAUAAGAGCUCGGGGAGCCCUUACCUAGUACCUUGGGUAAAGGUGGGCUACAUUCAUUUCAAUCAUAAUUUGUUGGUCCCAUGAGUCAAGCAUUAGUGGGUAUUGAACAAUAUUCCCUUGCUUUCUUCAUUAUUAUUUAAUGUGCUGUAAAUAUAUAUGUUGCUUUGCAUGCUAACAAUGCUAAAAGUUACCAAACUGAAUAAAAUGUUUUGUGUUCAUUAUUUUGAAAAAGUAACAAAUGUUUGCACACCGUGCUGGUUACAAUGAACUAGGAAUUGUAUGGAUUGAAUAAGGCCCCGGCAUGAUAUUUCUGCCAUAAUGUGUUUAAGGGAUUUACCAUGAUGCCAAAUGAAUGAAAAUGUGUAUGCUUAUGCUUUGAUGGGUGCUUAAACGAUUUAUGUUUUGAAAUUAUACAAUA